GGGCGGAGUCCUUGUCUUCCCUCCGCCAAAGUCUGCAGUGCCUCCGUUGAGGGUUCGGCAUGGCACCAGAGGACACUCUGUCGUUGCCCACCUUGAAGCUGCUGUUUGUUGGAGACAGUGCUGUGGGGAAAUCCAGUCUCUUGCUGAGAUUCACAGAAGACCAGUUUGAACCCAACCUCGAUCCAACCAUUGGUGUUGAUUUUAAAGUAAAGCAGAUGGUGGUCGGGGACCUUCCUCUGCAGUUGGCAAUAUGGGACACAGCAGGGCAGGAGCGGUUUCGAGCGUUGACUCCCAGCUAUUACCGUGGCGCUCAAGGUGUAAUUUUAGUUUAUGAUGUCACCAGAAGGGAGACUUUUGGAGGCCUGGAGAGCUGGCUACGGGAGGAGAUGGGAGACGUUAUGCCCACACCAAAAAAAGAAAGAAUGUUGUAGAAGAUAGCUGAGUGGGCAACAAAAUGCGACUAGCCUGACCGCGAGGUGGACAGAAAGGAGGGCUUGCAAUUUGCUCAGAAACACUCCAUGCUUUUCAUAGAGGCCAGCGCCAAAAUGAAGGAGGGUGUCCAGGAUGCCUUUGAAGAAACGAUCGUGAGGAUUCUCCAGACUCCAGAACUUUGGGAUGUAAGAAGAGAAGGAGUCGAGUUGGAGGAAGACGAAACGCUUCAAAGGAUACCUGGCUGUGGUCCAUAUUGCUCUCUGGCUUAACAUCUACCAUCUUCAAGCUAAAUAACUCAGGUCCGGCAUGCUUCAUGGCCAACCUCAUUGUCUGUGUUCUGUUUCAGUGCCCUACUAAGAGAACGCCCACGCGGCUUUCAUAUCUAUGUCUCAGGUAUACAUCGUGAGGGCGCCACUUACACCUAUAAUUAUCAAUAUUACAGUUAGUCUUUCGCUGCUUUUAUAGAUUUUAAUUAAAUUAUGAUG